AUGAACACAGCCGAACUGUCGCUCUCACCAGCGGAGCAACGCCCUUAUGCGUCGUCCCAACGCCUGAGAAGUGCCUCGACGCAGCAUCGCAUACAGUUCGGCGACGAAAGGGUCUACACGGGCUCGAUUGACGACUAUGGCGCGAGCGCGGAAUGGGCUCCUCAGCCCUCCGGCGGCAGCGGCCCCGGCAGCGGCGGCGGAACUAACGCUCAGCAUUAUCAGGCGCAGCGUUCCGUUUCAUCGUCGUCGUCGGGCGGCAACUUGCAUGCCGGCUUAGGCCAGCAUGAAGAGGUCUUUCUCGAUUUGUCCGCCUCGUUCAACUCUGCCUAUCCGUCUAUUUCUUCCGAUUACCCCUCUUCUUCGUCGUCCUACGCCCAUGACGGCCUCGGCCUUUCCGAAAUGGACGUCGACGCGACCAUGGCCCCAAUGGGCGCGUACCAGUUCGACCCUUCCCUCUCCGACCACGAACAGCAAUCCGACCACGCUUCUCAUUCGCAUGCACACGAGUAUGACCAACGACAAGAAUCGUAUCAUCGUCACGAAAACCCUCCACGGCAUCAGCAGUUUCAGCAGCAGUACCAACCGCACCAUUCGUUCACACCCUCCACCGGCGUUCACUCGGCGCCGGAUCUCGCCUCGUCGGAUCAUUACUACGGCCAACCCGCGCCACCAUCGACCGCAGUCAGCACCAACGAGGCGAGCGAGGAUGACGCACCCUUGUCCAGUCCUUAUCUAGGAUCGCCGCCAAGUAGUCCUACAAAAGGGUCGCGUGCCCGAACUCGCUUUCAAAACCGCGUCUCCAAGGCUCAGGUGAGUUUCUGCGGUGGCCCCAGUCAUCUGCCCCGUGACCGUCAGCGUAGCGCGGUCUGCUGAACACUCUGUCGUGAUUUUUUUCUCUUUUGGGUUGCCUCCGCAGCCUUACCCGACGAGCUCAUCUGCUUCACCCGCUCGGUCAAGGUCCGGAUCGAUCAAGAGCUCGAUGCUGCCGUCGCUCAGCAUCUCGACCUCGCACCAAUCAGGCUCGGCCUCCUCGUCGCCCUCGUUUUUCCCGGGUGGCUUGCCGUCGCCUUACCGGCAGUCGUCGACGCCAAAUUCGGCGACGAUGGAUCCUUCGCAGUCCAUUCGGUCCUCGAGCCCGAGCUCGGCAAGCUCCGUUUCGGGCAACGCCAUGUCCCGCGCCAGCUCGUUCUCGGCGGCCAGCUCGAUCCCGCCCCAUGAAGCUGCCUUGUCCGAAGCCUUAGCGGCAUCCACGGCCUCGAUUGCCUCGAUGGCGUCUGCGGUGUCGUCGGCCAACUUGUACCGAAGUUCCGCCUCGUCGACGACAGCGACGCCGGUCACGGUCUCGCGCAGCCAGUCGCGUCGGGGCUCGCCGACCAAGAACUCGACGGGGCGAGUGCGCAAAUUGUGCGACAUCGAUCGACGCGAGGUGUGCCUUUAUAGUGCCGCAAACCCAGGGAUGAAACAAGACCUCAUCGCGUCCAAGUUUGACAUUGACCGCACCACCGUCUCCAAGAUCCUGCGCGACAAAACCAAGUGGCUCGCCAUUGUCGGACCCCGGCCGGACACUGCGGUGGCCGAGUCCCCUGAUUCUGCCGCCACGCGUUCGGCGGGCGAUAAUCCUAGCUCACCCCCGAGCGUUGCCACACCCCAUCAGUUACCCACCUUCCCUCACACGCCACAUCAAGGCGCGGUCACGUCCAGUACACCCAUGUCGAUGACAUCCUCGAUCAGCGGUCUCUUUUCGGAGCUGUCGACGACGGGGACCCCGUCAAUUUCCCACAACAGGAGUUCGUCCGACAGCACCGGCAUCUCCAAGAUCGACUCCGAGGUCUUGAACUGGGUCCAAUCUUCGAUGCGCAUUGGAGCGGAACCCUCGGACGAAGCUCUCAAGACCAAAGCCAAAGAGGUCGCCAAGAGGCAUCGGGGCCUCGAAAUGUUCAAAGCGACCGGGGCUUGGCUCGAUAAUUUCAAGACCCGUACGGGCCUCGGCCGACUGUUGACGGCACGCAACACGAUCGUCGAAGAGUCGAACCUCAGUGAUGUCUCGGAGGACAAUCUUGAAUCGCACGACGAUGACGAUGAACACGCCGAAGGCAGAGACCGUACGCAACGGGGCAAGACCAAAAGGUCCAAGCGCCAGUCAAUCCUACGUCGGGUCCACAACGAGGGUGCCGCAGCUUCGUCCUCGCCGCUCAAAUCCUCCGAGACGUUCGGCUCGUCGGGGGGCGCCACGUCGUUGCCGAAUACACUCAAGGCGAGCAAGAUGGAAGUCGACUCGCGCACCCCGCUCCGACAGGCCUUUGCGGGGUCGAUGUCCGGUGACACGUCUUUGGACAGCGAGGCCACACCAACGCAUUCGACGGUCCAUUCGCGCGCGACUUCCGGGACCGCCUCGGCGUCGACGGAUCAAGAGUUCAACGAGGCCUUCGCGCAAUAUGGCACCGAGAGCACCGGCAGUUCCAUCGAUCAGCGCCGCGCGUCGCCGUACGGCAAGGGCCCCACGUUGAGUACCCCUUCACGAAGCGGCAGCUUUGGCUCGAACAAGUCGCUCUCGACCAAUGGCUACUCGCCGUCCGACCCGAGCCAGUCCCCCUUCGCCUUUGGUGGGUUCCCGCCUGAUGGCAACAACGCCAAUGCCUUCGGUAACCCGUUUCCACACUCCAACAGCGGUGGAUCGGGCUCCAACGGCACCGACUACCCGCUAAAGUCGCCGUUCCAGACGAGUUCUCGGCAGUCGUCCUCUCAGUCGCUCUACUCGGCAUCGUUCAACGCCGCCAGUGGCCUGCCCGGCUCGACCGACAACUCACCGCAAGCGACCUACAACCCCCACGGGCGAUCGUUCUCGAUUGCUUCGAGCACCUCGUCGUUCUCUGGCCUGACUGCAUUCUCGUCGCAGACUAGUCAAGGCACGCCGCUCAGCACCUCAAUGUCGCACUCGCAAUCGAGUUCGGUGCCGUCGACCCCAGCCAUGGGCACUUCGGGCUACUACAGCCACGGUCCGACGGGGACCUUGUCGCAGCUCCAAGCCGCUUUUGGCACGGGUCAAGCACCGCAGGCGCCAGUGCAGAUCUCACCUCAGACCGUCGCGCCAUACUUGAUUCAAGGGGGAGCGAGUGAACAGAGUCCGCAGCGCAUUGGCUUGGCUCGUCGGCAAACCAUCUCGGGUUUUCCAUCACCCAGAUCGUUUCAGAGCGUUGAUUUGGCCCCGCCUUCGCGCGUGCAAUCGCAAGCAGUGAGCCAGCAAACAUCACGGCGGCCGUCAACCGCAAGCAUCUCGGAUUUCGCCGCCAUUGCGACAACCGCCCCCGGUAGCGGUUCAUCGACCCCCGUGACGGCUCUGCAAGCGUUCGAGGGCCUCAUGAUGGCCCACCGGUGGCUCAACUCGCAGGAUGCCAGCGGCUUCACCCAACCCGGCGAUCUCAUUGCCUCGAGCGACCUGCGCAGCCGGCUCGCGGAACGUCUCGGUCUCGACCUCCCCUCGGAAGCUCCCGGGCCGCUGCCCCGCUCGGCUUCGAUGUCGGCCUCGAUGUCGCUUCCUGGCUCGCGGGGGGCGACCCCAUCGCUUUCCUCUUCCACUACUUCCAACGCGUCUGCGAUCCAUACCGGGGGCAAGGUGCAGUUCCCCAACUCGCCGUCGAGGCCGACGCGGAUGCGGUCGGGGCGCACGCAGUCGACGAGCAGCAUCCCACAGUUUAGUCGAUCGCAUUCGACACUGUCGCUGCUUGACGCGUCGAUGGCCGAAGAGUCGCAACAGCAUUCCCAUGUAUCACUGCAUCAGUAA